UUCUGUGGUUAAUUUCCUAACCUAAAUAAAUUCAUUUAUUGUCCAUGCUUUUUGUAACAAAAUACUUGUUUUAUAAAAAAUGGCUAACAACAAGCUUAAACGAAAAUUAGUUGCUGGAAAUCAAAAGGCAGCAGAUGAAGUUAGUGAAAAAAUUGAUACAGCCAUAAUUGAAAGUGGUGAGAAUUCAACAGAUGAAGAACUGUUAAACACUAUAGAAAGUGAGGUAGAAGAUAGCUCUGAUUCUGAGGCUGAACUAGAAGAAUCUGAAGAUGAAGUUGACGAAUAUCCUGAAGAAGAAUCUGAAAAUAGUGAUGAAGAUGUAUCAGGAAAUAGCGACGAGGAAGACUCUGAAGAGGAACUUGAAGGGAGCUCAGAAGAAGAACUUGAGGAAAGCACCGAAGAGGAAGAAAACGACUCUGAUAGUGAACAAGCAGAAAUAUCUGAGAAAGAGAUUAUUGAAAAAAAAGAGAAGCCGUCUACAAGCAACCAAAAAAGGAUUGAUCACGAAAAAGGUUCAUCUAAGAGGAAAGAAAGUAAUAAAAAAAAUAAUAUCAUUGGUAAUGAAAUAACAGAAAAAAAAUUGGAGAAAACUGAAACUGUCCCAGAUGAAUAUCAGUAUGACAGUUCUGAUGAGGAAGAUAUUAGAAAUACAUGUGGAAAUAUACCUAAAAAUUGGUAUGAUGAAUACAGUCAUUUCGGAUAUGACUGGGAAGGUAAAAAACUCAUUAAACCACAAACUGGUGAUAUGUUAGAUGAGUUCCUUAAGAGAGUGGAGGAUCCAGAUUUCUGGAGAACUGUAAAAGAUCCCCAAACUGGUCAGAACGUUGUGCUUAGUGAUGAAGACAUAAAACUUAUUAAGAGGAUUAAGGCUGGAAAAAUACCUGAUGCCAACUUUGAUGAAUAUGCUCCUUGGGUAGAAUGGUUCACAAGUGAGGUUAUGAAAACGCCACUUCGUAACUUCCCCGAACAUAAGAGAUCUUUCCUUCCCAGCAAAGAUGAAGAAAGAAAGGUAUCCAAAUUGGUUCAUGCCUUAAAAAUGGGAUGGAUCAAAACUAGGGAGGAAGCUGCCAGACUCAGGGCUAAGAAAGAGCCUCAAUAUUAUAUGUUAUGGAAAAGUGAUGAUCAGGCUGAAGAAAUGCGGAGAAUAUAUAAACACAUUCCCGCACCUAAAAGGCUUUUACCUGGUCACUCAGAAUCUUAUAAUCCGCCGCCAGAAUAUUUGUUUGAUGAAAGAGAAAUGAAGCAGUGGAACAAAUUCAAAGAUACUCCUUGGAAGAGGAAAUCUCAUUUUGUACCCCAGAAAUUCGAUUCUUUGAGGAAGGUACCUUCGUAUAAAAGAUAUGUAAGGGAACGUUUCCUGAGAUGCCUAGAUCUUUAUCUCUGUCCGAGAGCGAUAAAGAUGAAGAUAAACAUCGAACCAGAAGCUUUGGUUCCUAAACUGCCAAGUCCAAAGGAUCUCCAACCUUUCCCCAACGUUCUCUCUAGACAAUACAAGGGACACGAAGACAUGAUUCGUACCAUAAGUACAGAUAAAUCUGGUAAAUUCCUGUUGAGUGGGUCCGACGAUGGUACAGUGAAGAUAUGGGAAGUCUGUACUGCUAGAUGCUUGAAGACCAUAAAGACUGACGAUGUUGUGAGGUCUGUUGAGUGGUGUCCAAAUGCUGGAUUAUCCCUGAUUUUGGUUGCUAGCGGUAAAAGGGUCCUUCUCAUCAACCCUCAUGUUGGCGAUGCAAUGGUUGCUUCGAAAACAGAUUCUGUACUCUUUGAAGCCCAAUCAGUGGAAGCUGUGAUGAUAGAGAGAGUCAGAACAACGGUGCAGUGGUCUCUUCCAGAGGAUGAAUUAUACAAAAGGGGUGUAAGGAUAGUAUUGACACAUUUCAAAGAGGUCUCGCAAGUCACAUGGCAUGGUAAGGGAGACUAUUUCGCCACAGUCAUGCCGGAUGGUCAAAACAGAUCUGUUGUCAUAUCCCAGAUAUCACAGAGACGAUCUCAACUACCUCUCUCUAAACCUAAAGGUCUCAUCCAGUGUGUGCUUUUCCACCCAACCAAACCCUGCCUCUUUGUAGCCACUCAGAGACAUGUGAGAAUAUAUGAUCUGGUUAAACAGACAUUAGUGAAAAAGUUGAUGACGAACUGUAAAUGGAUAUCGACGAUGGCAAUUCAUCCGGGUGGUGAUAAUCUCCUUGUUGGUACUUAUGAUAGAAAAGUUUUGUGGUUUGAUUUGGAUCUUAGCACUAAACCAUACCAAGUUUUGAGGCUUCAUGGUACAGCUGUAAGAGGUGUUGCAUUCCAUAAGAGGUAUCCUUUGUUUGCAUCAGGUUCCGAUGAUAAAAGUUUGAUUGUUUCCCAUGGAAUGGUCUAUAAUGAUUUACUUCAGAACCCAUUAAUUGUUCCCUUGAAAAGGUUGGAAGAUCACAAGCAGUACAAUGAUUUUGGAAUCUUUGGUGUUCAUUUUCAUCCUAUGGAACCAUGGGUAUUUUCAUCCGGUGCUGAUGGUACCAUUAAUUUGUACACACAUUGAGUAUUGAAUAAAAUAUUUAUUUUUAUAUAUACAUAUUUUGUUAUAUUUUCUUCGAAGUUAAUAAAUAAAUUGUUGGAAAAUGUA